CUGGAUCAAUUUCACUAUAAACAUCCCUGCACCCUGCUUGCCACGGACCCACCUUUAUGCUUGCCAACUUGCCAAGCUUGCCAAUCAACAAUCAACAGACUUGUCCAGUUCUUGUAAACUUGUCCGACUAGGGGUCGUGACGGUCGUGACCGGCCUCGAAUUUGACAACGGCGCGAAUCUUGAAUCAAACUAAUGUGUUUUUUUAUUGGUGAUUUACAAACGGGAUAGACUUCCUCAUUAAUCAGAAAAUUAUUUUGUUUGCCCUUCUUUAAAUACAAUAUCCUUUUCUUUAUCGUACCAUGUUUCUAAUUACGACUAUAAAAAAAAAUACAUAUUAAAUUUGAAAAUGAGGUUAAGUUGUUUUAGGUUAGAGGGGUUUUUAAAGUUUUUUUAAGGUAACUACGUAUUUCUCAAUAUUUCUAAUGAUUGUAUAUGAGGCAUAAUGUAAAUGAAAGUUUUAUGAAUGCUUUCAAUUUCAAUUUCGCCAUUUAAAAUAAACCAACAAAAUGCUAUACAUUUAAUGUGUUAUGUGAUUUGUGUAUACCUUACAUCUAAGUACAUACAAUGGAUAAACUAUUGUCCGCUAAUAUAAAAACGGUAUUUCAGUUCUUAAUUGAUGGCAGAAUAACAGUUUCAGAACUGAUAAGUAACACGUUGGAAAAAGCCCAUCGUCUGAAGAAAUACAAUGCUUUUAUAACUCUCACAGAAAAUGAAGCACAACAGAGAGCGCAACAGUCCACACAACGUUAUAAAAUCAAAAAACCUCUUUCAGAACUUGAUGGAAUUCCUAUUGCAAUUAAAGACAAUUUUUGCACAUCUAAUAUUAAAACAACAUGUGCAUCACGAAUGUUAUCUAAUUUUAUUCCAACAUACAAUGCUACAGUAUAUGAACGUUUAAUUACUGCUGGUGCUAUAUUAAUUGGGAAAACAAACCUAGAUCAAUUUGCAAUGGGCUCAGGAACAGUAGAUUCAGUUUCAGGACCUGCAAAAAAUCAUUGGAUGUAUAAUGAAAACAAUGAUAACUUUUAUAUAUCUGGUGGUAGUAGUGGUGGCAGUGCAAUUUCUGUAGCUACAGGAACAUGUUUUGCAGCUAUAGGUUCUGAUACAGGAGGAUCAACUAGAAAUCCAGCUUCAUAUUGUGGACUAGUGGGAUUAAAACCAACUUAUGGUUUGGUAUCAAGAUAUGGAUUAAUUCCUCUAGUGAAUUCCAUGGAUGUACCAGGAAUUCUUACUAGAACUGUUGAUGACUGUGUCGUUGUCCUUAACUGUGUUGCUGGAUUUGAUCCCAAAGAUUCAACAUCACUCACAAAACCAUAUAGAAAAAUCAGAUUACCAUCAGUUAACAAACUAAGUAUUAAAAACUUGAAAGUAGGUAUUCCUAAUGAGUAUCACUGUGAACAUCUAGAUGAAGAAGUUCUAGAUGUAUGGAAUGAAGUUGCAAAAUUACUUGAAUGUAAUGGAGCAAAAAUUCAGCAAGUGUCUAUGCCACAUACUGAAUACAGUAUUGUUUGUUACUCUAUUCUUAACCAGUGUGAAGUGGCAAGUAAUAUGGCACGAUAUGAUGGCAUUGAAUAUGGAUUUAGAGCUAAGGAAGAUGCAUCUACAGAAAAAUUAUUUGCUACAAGCAGAAGUUUAGGUUUUAACGAAGUUGUGAGAAACAGAAUUUUGACUGGCAAUUAUUUUCUUCUGACAAGAAAUUAUGACAAAUACUUUAAUCAAGCACUGAGAGUUAGACGAUUAAUUGUACAAGACUUUGAUGAAGUAUGGGAGAAUGUGCAAUUGCUGUUAACACCAACAACAUUAACUACAGCUCCUUUGUAUGAAGAUUUUGUGCAGAAAACAAAUCGAGACCAGUGUGCUUUACAAGAUUACUGUACUCAACCAGCAAAUAUGGCUGGUAUUCCUGCCGUAACAUUGCCUAUAAAAUUGUCUAGUAAAGGAAUGCCGAUAAGCUUACAAAUUAUGGGGAAAAAUUUAAGUGAACCAAUGCUCUUAGCUUUAGCAAAAUAUAUAGAAAAUGCUGUACAAUUCAAACAUUGCACUGAAAUUUAAAAUUUUUACAGUUG